AUGCCUUCCUCGUCGCCUCGUCCAGGAUCAGCCUCAUAUUACGGCAAACUUGGGCUUGAAAAUUCAAGUUACACCCCCGAAGCGUAUUACACUAACGAAGAAAUCAGCGUCGUUCACGAAAUUGUAGUUGCCGCCCAGGCGUGCCUCGAUAAUCGAUAUGAGGCGGAUCCAGUUCCCACUAGUGCUCUAUUUCAAGCUUAUGACGCCAUCCUACCCGUGCAUGGCAUCGAUCCAGAGGAUGAUCAACACAUUUCGAGGCUCCUUUUCCGGAUUGGAGGCGAACGUGGAGAAGGAACCCUUCUGGACAAGCUUGGGUCGGUUCUAUCUCGCCCAGACCCGGAUCCGCCCGAUUAG